AGAGUUCUCUAGUUCCGGUCUCCAGGGCCUCAUUCCGGGCUAGAGCGCCUCUCCUCCGCCGGCCUUCUUCAAGCUCCAGCAGCUUUUAUUUCCGGCUGCGGAUUCUGUGGUAAAGCCGAGACCUCCUUUCAAUAGCGGUGUCGCGGGUCCCUCCCGCCUCGCCAAGGGUCAGCGCGCAAGGACGGUCACGGGUUGGGGGGACUGCUCAGCCCACAGCUGAGCCAGGCCGCGGGGGGCUGGCCGUACUAGUGCACGCCCGAUCCCUCAGAGCCUCCUGGCUUUUGAAUCCUCCUGAGUGAGAGUCCCUGACUGGCAGCCUCCGGGACUGCCGCUCGACAGGCCAGCGCCCAGCGCCGAGCUGUCUCUCCCAUAGUCAACGUUUUGUCCCGUGAAGCGCAGCGUUAGUCAAGUCACCCCUCCUACACACUAUUUAACCACGUCUGUGUUAACUUCGUUCUUCACCUCCCUUCCCUCGAACACCCGCCCACCGCCCCCUAGCUUGCCUCCGGAAGAAGUCUUUUUUUUUUCCCCCAGUUCCAGUAAAACUGAGGGGCUAUCUUUUGAGGUAUAAGUUAUCGUUGAGACUGAGCACCCAUCUGGCGCCCCCCAAAAGUUCAUGCUUACUAAAGAGCUUGUGGACAAAGAAAAACCCAGUGCACACACGAAACUAUGGCUGAGCACGGGGCUCACAUCACGACUGCCUCUGUUGUGGAUGACCAGCCAUCCAUCUUUGAGGUGGUAGCACAGGACAGUUUAAUGUCAGCCGUGAGACCUGCUCUUCAGCAUGUGGUCAAGGUUCUUGCAGAAUCAAAUCCUGCCCACUUUGGCUUCUUUUGGAGGUGGUUUGAUGAAAUCUUUACCCUGCUAGAUCUUCUGCUCCAGCAGCAUUAUCUGUCAAAAACCAGCGCCUCCUUUUCUGAAAACUUUUAUGGCUUAAAGAGGAUUGUAAUGGGAGACCAACACAGGCUUCAGAGAUUGGCCAGUGCUGGUCUCCCAAAGAAGCAGCUUAUGAAAUCAAUCAUGUUCCUGGUUCUUCUUCCCUAUCUUAAAGUGAAACUGGAGAAGCUGGUUUCUAGCCUGAGAGAAGAAGACGAAUAUUCCAUCCAUCCCCCUUCUUCCCGCUGGAAACGAUUUUACAGAGCCUUCCUGGCAGCCUACCCAUUUGUUAACAUGGCCUGGGAAGGCUGGUUUCUGGUACAGCAGCUUCGAUACAUCCUAGGAAAGGUUCAACAUCACUCACCACUGCUGAGGCUGGCUGGAGUUCGGCUAGGUCGGCUUACAGUUCAGGAUAUACAAGCUCUGGAGCACAAAUCAGCUAAGGCCAGCAUGAUGCAGCUACCAGCUGGGAGCAUUGGUGACAAGAUAAAGUCAGCUCUGAAGAAAGCUGUGGGGGGUGUUGCCUUAUCCCUCUCUACUGGCCUUUCGGUGGGUAUAUUCUUCCUGCAGUUCCUUGAGUGGUGGUAUUCAUCGGAAAACCAAGAAACCAUCAAGACCCUGACUGCUCUGCCUACCCCACCACCACCUGUACACCUAGACUACAAUUCUGAUUCUCCUCUGUUACCCAAAUUGAAGACUGUGUGCCCACUGUGUCGUAAAAACCGGGUGAACGACACGGUUCUUGCCACCUCUGGCUACGUGUUUUGUUAUCGCUGUGUGUUUAAUUACGUGAGGAGUCACCAGGCUUGUCCGAUCACAGGUUAUCCAACAGAGGUACAGCAUCUGAUCAAACUGUACUCCCCUGAGAAUUGAGAGGGGUUAGCACCUUAUCUCACAACAAAAUGAUUGCACUGUAAGGCCACAGGGCUUGAUACUUCUCAUUCCCAAUUAGGAGAAGGCAAUGGCAACCCACUCCAGUACUCUUGCCUGGAAAAUCCCAUGGAUGGAGGAGUCUGGUAGGCUGCAGUCCAUGGGGUUGCUAACAGUCGGACACGACUGAGCGACUUCACUUUC